GAAGGACACGUACCUACGACAUGACACGCCCGCUAAGCGACAAGGCCAAGGGGAAACAACGAGCAAUUGACCCAGAGCCGGAGGGGGACUCGUCUACGGAUACAACGCGACACCUGACUGUCCGAUUCACUGAAGGCAUCCCGGACUUCGAUCUGCCAGUCAAGGAGGGAGAGACUGUUCGGGAUAUCAAGAGACACAUCCGAAACAGCAGGCCUCAGCUGCAGAACCGUCGACUGAGACUAAUUCAUUCGGGGAAACUCUUGUCGGAGAAGACCGAUGUCCACAAGCUAUUGACAUCUCUCGAAGAACGACAGCGACGUAGAAUCGAUGAUGAUCUUGACGAGGCGCAACCGCUGCUGACCGCUAAUUGGUUGCAUUGCUCCGUGGGUGCCGAGCUGGGCGAGGGGGAAGUGGAGGAGGAGGCGUCACAGAGCGGCCAAAUUAGACCAUUGAGGGGAUUUGAUAGACUGGCAGCAGCGGGAUUCUCCGAAGAAGAUAUUGCCAGCAUUCGGCGACAAUUCCACAAUUCGGGUGCGCACGAUUAUCUUGAUUCGGAAUUUGGCGAAGAAAGCGAUUACGACGAGCGUGCGCGCAUCCUUGAGGAGCAAUGGAUAGACUCUCUGGAUCACGCAGGCACAGCGUCUCUGUCGGACUCCAAUUCCACCGGGUCUACCAUUGUUCUGCGAGGCAUAGUCAUGGGAUUUUUCUUCCCCUUGUUGCCAUUCUUCUUUUUCCGUGAGCAUAAGCCGGCUGUUUUCUGGGAAAAUGGCCAAGAACACGAGUCCCUGGGAAGUGUCAUAUUCUCCAAGCGGAUGCAAAUGGGAAUUGUCGUUGGCUUUCUCGCCAAUUUCUCGUUUGGGUUGUGGAGGUACCUACUGACCAGCUAGUCGACUGUACAGCAUGUUUCACUUUGAUGGUCUUCUUUUUAUGCACUGGUGCCCCACCCC